AUGGCGUCCCGGGCGACGAAGCGGUCGCUGUUGACCUUCCUCUUGGCCUUGAUCGUGGCCAUUGCAUGCAUGUUGGUACUCUCCAUUCAAGUACCGAGUGUGGCAGCUGUUCCUGCCAAUUCUCGUUCAUCAAAACGAUUUGGAGUCGACGCAGCGCUCGACGAAGACGAGGAGGAGGACGAAGAUUGGGACUUUAUGGACGACAGCGCCAUUUUGGGGCUGUCACAGCGAGAAAGCGGUGAAGUCCAGGCAGACACUGCAGUAGCGUGUGUGGAUUCGAUGCCUACUGAGCUCGUGGACGACGACUACUGCGACUGCGAAGACGGUAGUGAUGAACCCAAUACAGCAGCCUGUUCCCACGUGCUACAGCGCUCCGAGACACCCCCAUUCAGUCGCGAAUAUAACUGCAAAGCUGACGAUAAGAUGGUGUCACUAGCCUUUUUAGACGACGGCGUGUGUGACUGCUGUGAUGGCAGUGACGAGAAGGACGGACUGUGCGUUAACACUUGUGACACCGAGUGGAAACAGAGGUUCCAGACGCUUCAAGAGAGGCUGAACGUAGUGCAGAGGGGCCUAAAGCGUCGAUCCCAGUAUCUAAUUGAAGCUGUAGACAAAGUGCAGCAGCUCAAAGAAGACUUUGAACGUCUUGCAGAAGCAUAUCAUGCUGGACAAAGAGCAUUCGAGGAUUUGCAGCGACGAGCACAACACAACCCGGAGCUGCGAGGACAACUGGAGCAGUCAUACAAUGUGCUGCGUAGAGUGCAGUACGUCACGUACAUCCAAAGUCGUGUGGUCGAUCCAAGUACGUUCUCGGAUGCAGUCUGGAAACCUGCUUUCGUCGAGCUGGUGGGUCGAUGCUUCACGUACACAGUGAACGAGAAGGAGCUCAAGGGAGGGACACCCAACGUGAUUCCUCGCAAGUACGACAUGGUCUUCUGUCCAUUCCAGAACGUAUCACAGACUGAACCUUGGUAUCCUCUGUGGACGAAGGUAGAGCGUCAAACAAAGGGCGGGAGCGAAGCAGCGAUUAAAAAUGAAGAGGAAGAAGUGCCACGUCCCAUCGGCUUGGGGGUCUGGAACGAGUGGCAAGAGUCUGUUAACCUUCUGCGUGUGCAGAGCUACAACCACGGAGAGCCCUGUGCAAAUGGACAAGAGCGGCACACACGCGUGCAGUUGUCAUGCAGUGAUCAGAAUCGUGUGGUGUCUGUAGAGGAACGUGAAAUGUGUCAGUACGAGAUUCGCUUCGAGACUCCAGCAGCGUGUGAACGAACAGAAGAAGACACGAUACAAGAAGAAACAGCUCGCGUUAUGACGUUUUCCAAGAAGGAAUUGGAAGGCCACGAAGAACUGUGA